ACACAAUACUAAUUUCCACUUCCAAAAUUAAUUCACAGGAAAAAAAAUAAGAGAGAGAAAGUAAGACUGUUAGAGAGAGAAACAAACAAAAGGUAAAAUGAAGAAAGCCGGCGCCGAGAAGAAGAAAGUCCGGCGAUCAGUCGCCGGAUCUCCGCAAAGUGGCGGUUCCGACACUCCACCGAAGAAACAGUCUGCAGAGAAGGAUGUGUACCUGUUAUUUGCUGAAAAGGUGAGAGACCAUAAAGAUUUGGAAUCAAGGUGGGCAGUUUUACAGGAGACGCGCGUUGAGUACUUCAGAGGGAAGGAUUUUGUUGGUUUCUUAAAAACUCAUCCUGAGGUUGGAGAUAUACUUGGAUCAGAUAAGAAUCUAGAAGCGGAAGACAUUGCUGAUACUUUAUUGAAGAAAAACCUCAUUGUACGAUGUGAUCGUGUUGUAAAGACACUAAGGCCGGGCAAGAAGAAGCUGUCAACUUGGCCCGCACAUUUGGAGAUUUUUCCUGUGCAGACGUUUUCAGAUAAUGAUGCUUUCUUCGUAUGGACAUUUAUAAAGCGACAUCCCUUAUGGCAGACACUACUUUCAUUCUCCUGGCCCGUUUUGACAUUAGCAAUUUGCUUGUUUCCAGUAUACCCUCACAAGGCCAAGCUUGUGGUACUCUACUCAUGUGCUGGCGUUCUUCUACUUAUACUAUGCCUUCUACUAUUGAGAGCUACAAUUUUCGGUACUCUUUGGAUACUUCUUGGGAAGCGCGUGUGGAUUUUCCCCAACAUUCUUGCAGAAGAAGCAACACUAAGUGAGUUGUUCCGUUUUUGGCCUAAAAAGGAUGAAGAGGAUCCGCCAAAGUGGACUUCACGGCUUUUCUAUACUGUUGUAUCUAUUGUCGUCAUAUCGGUUUUGAGACAUCAUGCUCCUGAUGAGGCUGCUCGAGCUAGGUACCAGAGGCGGGUGUCUAACAUCAUUGAUGACGUCUUAGAGUGGUCCCCAAAACUGGCUCUCUCGGGAAUGAUGAACCCACAACCUGAGGGAGUGAACGUGACGAACUUUCAAAAUGAGUCUGCAAGUGGCAGUGGAUCAAACUCCGAGGUGCCACCAUCUCCAGGUGGUGCAGAUGUUGAUUUUGGGGAUAACCCUGAGGAUGGAACUGUAGAGGACACGGAGGAUAACAGUGAACAGUCUCAACAAAAUCAUGAUGGUGUAUGAUCUUAAAUUAUGUUGUUUAUCCUUUUCCUACUAAUAUUACAAUUUUCUGAGUACCAUUUUUGUUACAGUUACUUCCCUUUCAAGGUGUAAAACCAUGUAUUUAAACGUGUGAUAGAAAGCUUAGGGAUUCCACAUCUCUGAUCUUUGUUGUUAUACCUAAAAUAGUAGCGGGUACCCAGCUUCUAGUAGUACUAAAUUAUUAUAAAUUAGUCUUCAUGAGAAAUUUAGUAAGAGUUUGAUCUCUGGUCA